AUGGCAUCAUCCGAUUCUGGACGCGACCGUUGCCAGAACUGCCCCAACGGUUCUGGUUCUGGUUCUGGUUCUGGUGCUGGUGCUGGUGCUGGCCGAGAUGAAGAGAACCCGUUUAUAGCAUUACGCCGUUACGCCGAUAAACAGCUAUCGAGUCUCCUUCGGUCAGUGGUUGGCCUCCCGUCCGCGGUCCUCUCCCCUCCGGCAAAGGAUUGGCUCGGCCUCAACGAUGAAGAGCUGAUCAGGGCGCUUAGAGCGCGCCGAGACGCCUCAGACAAUGUGUGUUGUCACCACAGCUGCCGUGAUUGCAAUUCUGGUGGUGACGAAUUCUCCAGGCCUCGUCCAAGAUAUGACGAACGGUACUAUGGCGUGAACGCGGGGGCGCCUCGUAGAGAUGGAGACUCCUCCAACGCGGAACAGCAACGGAGACACCCAAGCCAGUCCUUUCCGGCCUCAGUAUUCGACGACCUGUUCGAUAGCGCGUGGCCCAUUGACCCUUCGUUCCUGUUCCGAGAUCUAGCCCAUUUACAUGGGCCGUUUAUAUUCGAUUUCAUGGCUCCCUCAACCUCCGCCGGCUGGCCAAUCUCCUACCUUAUGUUUUCCCCUUACUCUCCGCUCCAGCUCGAACGGCAGCGGCAAUUACGCCAACGAUACGAAGACCAUAGCCUAUCGUCUUGGUUCACCCCUCUGGCACCAAGCCACGAGGCCCGAGAUCCCAAGGAGCCCCGCUGGCGGGAGGCGUUUGAAGAUCUACUCCGGCUCGAGAACGGUAAGCCUAUGCUUGAUAGAGACCCUAGGGACGUUUCGAAGAGUGAAUCUGGCAAGGACUGGCUCUCGGGUUUAAUACAGCGUGGCAGCCUCGGUGACGGCUGGUCCCACGUUCGCCAGCCAGACGGCGAAGGGGAUUACUUCAAAUUUAGCCAGACCACAUCCAGUGAUCCCUCCCCAGAAAAUGAGGAAAAUUUGCAGAAACCCCUCGAAAACAAGGAUGGCCACCCGUUUUCAGAGCUCGACCUGUACGAUACCUUCCUCCACAAAGUUAAUGACGGUCCGGACGCAACUCAAACCAGCCCCUUGCUAAGAGCAAUACUUGAAGAGCGGAAACGGCAGCGUCGCGAACUUGAGGAGCUACAACUCCAGUGGAAAGAGAUGUUUCGUGAAAAAGAAACAGAGCGUGCGGACGACCGUCAAGCAGUUGCUGAUAUAGCCCGCUUUGAACAUGCUACACACUCAUCUCAAACAGCUCAAGGGGCUGACGAAAAUCUACCUCAGUCCAUCAUCUCGAGUGUAACCACCACGCAGCGCCUGAUGCAGCCUGAUGGGUCGGUGAAGACGAAAACGAUCGUCAGCAAGCGCUUUGCUGAUGGGCGAGAGGAAAACUCCGAAACCGAGGAAGUCACAAGAAAUAGCCAUUUGGCCGUCGAUGACAGUAACCAGGUAAUGGCUACUAGAGAUGGUAAGCAACAAGGACCACCUGAUUCCCAGAAUAAGAAGCGCAGCGGUGGUUGGUUCUGGCAGGAGUAG